CUUGCCUGAUCCGGGCACGGUGUGGAAGGUCAGCCUCGAGGGGUGGCAGUAGUGCAGAUGCUCUCUCACCCUGGCUUAUAAGGACCAAGGCAGGCCCAGCAGAAUCCGUCUAACCCAUCUGUCCAUCUCUUGAGAAGCAACUUUUCCCUCCCCCUCUCUCAGAUAAAAGCACCACACAGAGAAACAGACGCCAGAGACAUGUCUGUCUCCUUCGAGGUAUACCGUGGGGGUAAAGAUGGGCGAAUAGUAGCCGACACGACCACCCGCACCCUCCAGCCCAAUGAGGCAUAUAUUGAAACCACGCACUCUGGCCUCUGUGGCACGGACGAGCAUUUUGUGACCUCCGGUCAGGUGCUAGGGCAUGAAGGGGUAGGCAUCGUCCGCCAAAUCGGCUCCCUGGUGAGCACGGUAAAAGUCGGGGACCGGGUGGGAUUUGGAUAUAUCCGCCAAGUGUGCGGCGCGUGCGAUAACUGCGCGACAGGCUGGGACCAGUUCUGCCGACGCUGCCGACGCUACGGCGAGACAGACCUGGACCUGGGCUCGUUCAGUCAUGGUGUCGUCUGGGACGCGGAUUGCCUGUUCCCAAUCCCUGAGGGCUACACAUCGGAACAUGCGGCGCCGAUGCUCUGCGCGGGAGGUUCAGUCUGGAACUGCCUGCUCUCAUUCGGGGCGCGGCCGCCGCAGCGAGUGGGUGUGAUGGGCAUCGGGGGGCUGGGUCAUCUGGCGAUCAAGCUGGCGGCCGCGAUGGGGUACGAAGUGGUGGCCUUGUCGCGUAGUGAGGAAAAGCGAGCCGACGCGCUCGCGUACGGGGCCUCAGAGUUUCAUGUCUGGGACGGUGAAGCGGUUCCCUUGCGCCUGAAGCAUCUCUUGCUCUGUGGGAGUAUGGCCACGGACUAUGCAGCUCUGAUUCCACUGAUGGACACGGGCAGCAUUAUCUACCCGCUGACUGUAGCGUUCGAGCCGGCGGCGGUGCCUAUACUGGAGAUGGGUCUGGCCGGCAUCUGCAUCCAAGGGGUGCGGGUGAGCUCGCGAACGCGACUGCGUGAACUGCUGGUCUUUGCAGCGAACCAACACAUCACGCCGACUGUGGUGAGCUUCCCGCUGACCGUGGAGGGCGUAGAACGGGCUUUGAGCGAGCUACGCGCGGGGAAUAUCCACUAUCGCGCAGUGCUGGUGAGGGAGCCUAGCCAAUGAUACAAUGAGCUUCCAGAAGGGGGGGAGGGGGAGCAGGGCAACAGCAGGCAUUAUAUUAUCAUGUAACCUCGUGUUGGGCAGUCAUGCAGGUUAGUGUUCUGUAUAAGAAUGUGCCAGGGUCUCCGGGCA